UGCGGUUGGAGCUUCAAGCGUUAUGAGCACUUGAAACGUCAUAUGCUGGUCCAUACCGGCGAACGUCCACAUGUGUGCAAUUACCCAGGUUGCGGUAAAAGCUUCAGUCGAUCUGAUAACUUUGCAGCUCACUAUCGCACACAUACUAGAAGAGCUAUGAUGCAGCGUAGAAUG